UUUGUUUAAUAAGACUCACAACUAAUUGAAUCUAUUUUUUCAAUUCAUUUAAAUUGAAUUAAUGUCUAAACUAUUAGUGAAUUAGUGUUACAAUUGAGUGAAUGUGUUGUAUAAGUGAUGUCAUGUGUGACACGUGAUUGAGUCGAUCGGUGUCACCGAUAGAUAGAUAGACGACACCUGUGUUUACCCGUCGAUUGGCUGCCGAACGACAAUCUGGACGACAAUGGCCUCACACGAUGGCCACUAUCGGGCCGGGUAUCUGGAAAUCCUUGUGCGACACAAUUGGUAUAAAGUGAUGGUCAGACUGGACGACAACUAUCUUCAUAUAACUCUCGAUGAAAACUUCGAGUCGAUGAACGCCCACCUCUUAAAUGACACGUUUAAUCAAACGGAAUGUAACGGAAAUUCGGUUAAAGACGACAGCGAUGGCCACUCUUUUGUGACGCCCGACCUGUCGGACAGUUUGACUCACAAAAGACGUAUUGUUCGCAUCCAGAAGUCGGACAGCAAUGGUCUGGGAAUCAGUAUAAAAGGCGGUCGUGAAAACAAAAUGCCUAUUCUUGUGUCCAAAAUAUUUAAGGGUAUGUCUGCCGAUCUGACCGGUCAACUGUUUGUCGGCGACGCCAUACUAUCUGUCAAUAAUGAAUGGGAUCUCAGAGAUGCCACUCAUGACGAAGCAGUUCGCGCUCUCAAGAAUGCCGGCGAUGUGGUCACUCUCGAAGUCGUGCCGUCAUUUUCUAUAAUUUCAGUCAAAUAUUUGAAAGAAGUGAUUCCAUACUUCCGGAAAGCAGCCAUUUUGGCGGACAUCGGCUGGUCAUUCAAUGGCGAAGAAUUUCUACACAAUUCUGAUGAUAUAACUAUAGAUCCGACACAUCAAACACCACAUAGAAGUGAUACCAAAUCAGUCCCACUAUUGCUCUGUCAUUUGACACGUUUGUUAGAUAAUAAACAAAAUAAUGGCAAAUAUAGCGAUAAUUUGAAUGUAAUAGUAAUCUAUUCACCUAAUCGUCAAUCAAAAUGUGUGUUAAGAUGUGCCGAUUCAGCUCAAUGUAACGUAUGGUUUAGUGCCAUUCACUCGGCCUCCUGUAAGCUUAUGGCACAAGCAGUCAUCCAAACCAACAAACUAUUAACUGAAUUUCUGGACGGCGCCCGACUCACACAUAUGGGUUGGCUCAGUGAAAAGAGUCAAGAUGUUGGUCCACACCCGAAGUGGAAUCCAGUAUUCCUUGCGGUUACCGAUAGAGAUCUUUUAUUUUAUGAUUUAGUUCCAUGGACUCGGGAGGCGUGGGCUGUACCGGUUCAUACAUAUCCAUUAAUAUACAUUCGUUUAGUACAUAAUAAUAAUAAUACAAAUAUUGGCCUAACUAUGUCAUCCAAGUCGACCAAUUCAGGUGGUGCUAUCAUUGCACCCGGAAUUUCUGAUAAUAUUACAUUUACAGUAAGAGUUGGCACAAGACAUGGUAUAGAUUGUCAUACAAUGCAAGCUGAAAGUCACCGGGAUCUGGCAAAUUGGGCCAGACAUAUUGUACAGGCCGCACAUAAAACUGCAAUGACACGAAAAGAGAUCUCAUUUGCAUGCAUUUACAAGAAUAACGAGUCUUACAUCAGUAUAAACAUAGAGACCGGCUUUACAUUAGUAGACAAGGAGUCGAACAAUGUUUUGUGGUGUAAAUCAUUUGAACAGCUCAAGAGUACCGCCGAUGACAGCAAACGUAUUGUUUGGCUAGAAUUUCAUGGAGAAGACCAAAAGGAACUGGAUUUACUUCAGAAUCCCAAACCUUUUAUAUUUUUGUUGCAAACAUUUUUAUCAGCAAAGCUCACACAUUUGGGACUCAAUUUUGAUAGUUAACAUAUACUUGUAUUUGUGACCAUACAUCACAUGAUUACACUCUCUCUAUAAACAGGUUGUACUAAAUUAGUGAUGAUUAGCAAUAAUUAUAAUAAAUUAUAUAAAUCGAUCACCAA